AUGGCUCUGAGGCGCAAGCUGCAGUCCGCGUGCAGGAUGCCGGUUCUGUUCUGCCCCAUGUGCGGCGGCACCGUGGACAGCUACGGCGACCGUGCCUUCGUGUGCUCAUGCUCUGGAAACCGCGUGGUCCGCCACAAUCGCGUGCGGGAUUCGGCGUGCGAGGACGCAGCGAGGGGGCAUAUGGGCCCAAAGAAGGAAGCGCCCAGCGUGCUCCAGGAACGCCCGCGGGACGACCGCGCGCCCCCCAGCGGUGGCGGAGGGGAGGCCCCAGGCCUUGCAGCAAGGUCCCGGAGACGCCCUGUCGAUGUUUUCUUCCUUGGAGCUCUGGGCGGGGCACCUGCUGCCCCGGACUUCGCUUGCGCGUCGGGUCUGCGCGCCGACGUGAUGCGAGACGCUGCGGCGAACCCAGACUGUGUCCUGAGCGCGUACGAGGAGGCGCCUGGAGAGACCGUCUUUCUGGUCAUCGAGUCGCACAGCGGCGGCUGGGGGAAGACAGCGCGGCAGAUAUUGGACGCGAUGGCUCGGCGUGUGAGCGCCUGCUGGCGCGUGGAGGCGGAGGCGGAGGUGGAGAGCUUGCGAAUAGCUUAG